CACCUUGAUAUAAUGUAAAAACCGAUUUUCCACUGUGCAAGCGCCGAAUUGUGGCAAUAAUAUUGGAAAAUAUCUUUAUGUGUCAUUUUAUUCGCAAAAUGAUCAUAUAAAUGCCCAUUCUUCCCCGAUUACUAACGUCAAGGAAGCAACGAAGAAGGCUCGUUUAGAAUUUGGAACGCUUUCCCGCGAGAUUUGGGCUUGUUCUGUUGUGCGAAUGCCACGUCUAGAUUAAGCAGCUACAGGUAGCUUCGUCAACCUGAGCGGAGGUGGCAUCCCCUUGGUCAGACAUAAAGAAACCAGCCAGUCGGUCGUACUAUGGGGUGCCGACAUGUGUUGGCGGUGACACUGGCCACAUCUGCAGUACUGCUGCUGCUCUCCUCCCGUCUAAGUGAGGCUCACGGCCACUCGCAUGAUGACCACGGGCACCAUCAUCAUCAUCACCACCAUCAUCAUCAUGGCCACGCCCACGGAGAGCACCAUGGACACUCACACGACCCGGAGGUGAAGAUGUUCCAUGGUGCCAGCAAGUGGAGCGCGGAGGCCAACCUGUCACCAGGGGAGGAGGCAGUAGAAGACCACCACCAUGACCAUGACCAUGGCCAUGCUCACUACCACGACCAUGGACAUGCUCACGACCAUGGACAUGCUCACAGCCACGACCAUGGCCAUGCUCAUAACCACGACCAUGGACAUGCACACAGCCAUGGGCAUGAUGAUCUCAUUUAUGAGGACAAGAGUGAAGAUGUUAACGGGCAUGGAGCGCGUAGGAGUGAUGCAGAGAAGAGGACCAUGACAGAGCUGUGGAUGCAGGCUGUCGGCGCCACACUGCUCAUCAGCGCCGCACCUUUCCUCAUCCUCUUCCUCAUCCCGGUGGAGUCCAACAGUGACCAGCACCAGAACUUGCUCAAGGUGCUGCUGAGCUUCGCGUCGGGCGGCCUGCUGGGUGAUGCCUUCCUCCACCUCAUACCGCACGCUCUUGAGCCACACUCCCACCAUGGCAACCACGACGAUCAUGGAGAUCCGCACGACCACGGACACUCUCACGGCGCUGCCCACGGUCACAUGAUGUCAGUGGGCCUGUGGGUUCUUGGCGGUAUCAUCGCCUUUCUGGUUGUGGAGAAGUUUGUGCGUUUAGUGAAAGGAGGACACUCUCAUUCGCACUCGCACGCACACAAUGGCAAGGAAAAGGACAGCGACGGGGAGGAGAAGAAAAAGGAAAGCAAAGGGAAAACGGCGGCAAAGAAGAAGAAGAACGCAGACAUCAAGGUGUCGGGCUACCUCAACCUGGCAGCCGACUUCACUCAUAACUUCACCGACGGCCUGGCCAUCGGCGCAUCCUUCCUGGUGAGCCCGGCGGUCGGCGCCAUCACCACGAUCACCAUCCUGCUGCACGAGGUCCCGCACGAGAUCGGAGACUUUGCCAUCCUGGUCCAGUCUGGCUGCACAAAGAGAAAGGCCAUGUGUCUGCAACUGGUCACGGCCUUGGGAGCCCUGGCCGGCACUGCCUGCUCGCUGCUGGCGGAAGGCGUGGGGGCCGCUGCCACCGCUUGGAUCCUGCCCUUCACCGCCGGCGGCUUUGUGUACAUCGCCACGGUGACGGUGCUUCCGGAACUGCUGGCGGGUCGCUCCAGCUUCGGCCAGUCUGUGAUGGAGAUUUUUGCCCUGCUGUUCGGAGUGGGCAUGAUGGUUCUGAUCGCCGAGUACGAGUGAGACAGAACGUGAGCAAAAACUGGCAAGAUUAAAACACUUUUUAAUUAGUUGUUUUUGGCAGCAUCUCUUAUUUGUGACGGUUUCUUUUUUUUAAGGGAAAAGCAUCAUGCUCUUUUUUUAUGAUGGACAUAUCUUGACAGGACUUUUAGCAUGUCCAUCCAUCCUAUUUUUCAUUAAGGUCAAUGGUAAGCUGGAGCCAACCACAGCUGAUGUUCAUGUUCACUCAAUGUUCUGCAUUGUAUGCUUUUGGGGUCUUAAACAGAAGUGGACAGAAUGCAUGUUCAAGGUCAAAAGUAGUGAAAGCAUCUCAGAUUUAUUCUUGUAGAUGUGAAGUUGUGAUAUCCAACAAUGCUUUGCAGGAAGUUUGUGCACCAACGUCUGCCACUGUGACCAACAAUAAAGGCUGAUAAUAUUCAAA